GGGAUUUUCGUUACUACCGCGCUGCUUUAUACCGGAUUUUACCUGGGCAAAUAAUAUCUCACCUACAGUGACCAGCAAAAUACCAGAAACACCUCGCGCGACCCACCCUAAAGUACGCCGAUUAUGGGGCAUUAUCCACAAAUAUCUGAGAUUGUUCUCUGAGUCUUAUUGUCGCUGGGUCGGGGCUACUUUUGAUAAUCAGAUUGCUCAGCUUCCAUUUGGGCUGAUUCUGAAGUGGUCUGAUGGUACUCGGUUAGAAGAAGUCUUGACAAUGUAGGUCGCCAGAAGAGCAGGUCUCCCAGUUCCGAAGGUGAUCUGCUAUGGAGACCAUCCAGAUACUCCGCAUGCUCCAGUAUCAAUUCUGAUGACUCGUAUCCCCGGCGAUGAACUUGGUCGAGUUUACAAAAUCCCAAGUGACACUGAGCGAGAUUCGAUCCAAUUGCAAUUAAAGGGUUAUUUAGAAGCAAUCCGGAGAUGGAAAAGUCCAUGGGGGGAGAACAGAAUUUGCUCUUUGAUGAACACAGCUAUUAGGAGCGUUCGCGUACCUAAUCAUCUCAUUGGCCCUUUUGAGUCAGAACAAAAGUUCAAUGAAUACAUGAAUACCUCCGGAGCACUGCUUGGUCAGGGGGAUUCCCAUCAGAAACAGAAUACAACAACGCACUUGAUUGUGCUAGAAAAGUAGAUUCAAUGCCUCAUCGUAUCGUUUUCACGCACGGCGACCUCAAGCACCAUAACAUCGCUGUACAAAAUGGACAAAUUACAGGCUUUUUGGACUGGGAGUCAGCAGGCUGGUGUCCUGAAUAUCGGGACUUUACCACAGCCCUCAGGUUGAUUCCGAAAGGUUACUGGUGGUACAACUUUGUGAUAGGGCUUGGGGGCAGCUCAUACAUGGCAGAACUGGAUUGUGAACAGGCGUUGACUUCUCUAACAGUUGAUUCAUAUUCCGGUGACAUAGAAUUGAGAAGGGCAACAGGGUGCAUAUCACCAAAAGCCAACUUGUCGAAGAAAUUCUGGCUUAUCUAGCGGCCAUGGAAGUGACGGGUUGCAGGUUCGAAGCACGACCAGCUUGAUAAAACUUGGUGGCCGUAGAUGUGAGAGCAGCUGCCUUUUGAAUGAGUCUGCCUGCUGGCUCUCUGAAUAUCUAUGAAUGUCAGAGAGUUUGAAGGCACCCAAGGAAAGGGAUCUGUAACAUCCGCAAAUGUUCUUCGCAGUAAAAAAACCCAAACCAAGUCAAAUAUUUUGAACACAUUCAUUUUUUCUGAUAGAGUUGCCUAGGGCAUAGAAUUUCGAUUGCAA